AUGAAGCUAUUCGGGUUUUCGGUGACAGAGGACAGUGACCAAGUCGCCAUGAUCAUCGAGAGCAAGAAGUUUGAGUGUCACUACUGUGACCGGAAGUUUAAAAGCUCUCAAGCAUGGGGAGGUCAUCAAAACGCACACAAAAGAGAAAGACAGCUUGAAAGGAUGGCCAUGUUAGAACAUGUUCAACAUCUUCGUCAUCCUCCUCCUAAUCAUGAUCAUCGUGAUCAAAAUCAACUGGUAGCAGCAAGUGUACCCAUAUUCGUUUGUUCUAGUGGGUCCACAAGCAAUAUCAAUGGUGAUCAUGCUGGUGCUGCUCGGGUCCCGUCUGUUGUAGCUCCCAGAAACCCUCACGGCCCGUACUUUAAACAGAUCGAACAGGUUGUUCCCAACACAGAUGAAGGAAAUUAUGUUGAUCUGCGUUUGAGACUUUGA